AUGUGUAUGAAUAAUGGAUUCUUAGGUUAUAUAAAUUCGUUUGGUAAUAUAGGAAUGUAUUUGGUAUCAUAUAUGAGAGUUACUUCCAAGAAUCCUAACACUAAUUACAGUUUGAUUUCUUACAUUUACUCGACUGCUGUGUUACUUCAGAGUUUAAGUGGGUUUUUUACUACGUUUGUUGAAAGGGCUCUGGGUACUAGAAAGGCUACAAUUCUUGGAUGUGUGCUCACAUCACUGUCAAUUAUCGCUUGCUCAUUCAAUCUUCAUAGUUUUAGAACACUCAUCCUGUAUUACUCAGUUCUAGGUGGUAUUGCUUCGGGAUUAAUAUUACCAUUACCUUUGGAUGCAGCGAUAAGAUCUAAUCCGUCGAAGAGAGGCUACAUUUGUGGCUCAAUUUACUUUUACAGUGGACUCUUGUGUGUUUUGUUGACUCCACUCCAGACCUUUUACAUUAACAAAUCUGACAUAAGGCUGGAAAAUAUUAUUACUCCGACAGAUAGAGAAGUGUACUACAGGGAUGAUAAGUUGUUAACAAAACUCCCAAAUCUGUUCGUGUUUCAAGGAAUCCUUUAUCUAUUCCUACUCGUAUCCCACUACACAAGAGUACUAGAUAUUAGAGCAUCAGAUGAAAGAUCCGAUGAUAUGGUUGGCGAGAAGACACAUAAUUUUAUGCAUUAUUUGUAUUUGUGGCUGCUUAUAUUCUUGAGCUGGCAGUCAAUUAUAUUCCUACAAUCGUAUUGGAAAGUCGUUGCUCUAUUAAAGCUUGACGGGUCUGAUAUCUUCAUCACCCUUAUCGGCUCCGCAGCCUCUCUAAGUCACGUCAUAGGACGUAUACUUUGGGGGAUAAUAUUUGACUUGAUUGGUUGGAGGCAUUGUUGGAUAAUAUUAGUGGCAAGUACAUUGGUGCUCACAUUCAGCUCUUACAUUUUAUAUCAAACGAAUAUUGUCAUUUAUGCCAUUUGGUAA